GGGAAAAAUAAUUUCGCCGCCCGGCGCCGAUAGCUGCUGCCUGAGAUCGACUUGUCUUUACUUUAGCUUUGUUUGCAUUACUUACGAAAACCUGGACGAUUUCAGUACUUCAGUCACGGUGAAAACACUUAAGGCAACAUCAAAUCAAUUUUGAACAGUCUUUUUCUUCUUCCUUCCAUUUCUGGAAACAGUCAAUCAGUUAGUUUUCUAGGAAUUUUGUCUGGAGAUGGGAGUUCGGCCUACGGUUACGCCCACGGGCGCCAGGCCCAAGGCAAUGGAAAGGCCAAGGGCCAAACGACGUCGCUUCAGCUUCACUUGUUCUCUGCACCUAUUGUCCUUGCUAAACCUGCCUGUCGGUGGCGUGGCGGCGCGUGUGCAACCUGUUCAGUAGCUGACCUCACCCUCAAUAGCCAUGUUACCAUGGGGUAUGUGGCGGCGGCGGCAGAUUUAUCACAGCCCCUUACCAAUUGGGAUAACCAGAAUGUUGAGGAGGAUAUGUACCUCUGCCUACAAUGCGACAGUGGAUAUGCUAAGAAAGGCAAGGAGUGCAUACAAUGUAUCUUCAAUGUCUUCACCCAUGUGACCCUUUUUUAUACCAGUGGUAUGCUGGAGUGUGUCGAUGAAGAUAAACCAGUCAUCACGCCUCCAAACAAAGACAAACUCUGCCUCCCACAUGAUUCUGAUGAAAUAACACUUAAUAGUGAUCUUUCAACUGAAGACCUUAAACAAUAUUUGCCAACGUGCGAGGACGCCAUUGAUGGGAUAUUAGAACUUGAUAUCUCACUCUCCCAAGACCAACCUCUAACUGUUAGUGAGAUACCUGUUACAGUAACAUGCAAGGAUAACUCUGGAAACAAAGAAAUUAGUGAAUACACUUUCACUGUUCAAGACUGUCAAAAGCCAAAACUAUCAGAGCCUGCCGAGCUGGAAUUUUGUGCUGAUGACGGGGGAAAUACCAAAAGUUUCAGUGAAGAUGAUUUCCCUACUCCAGUGUGCUCCGAUGCUGUUGAUAAGAGUCCUGUGAUUGAAUUUAUAAAUGAUCAGAGCAGGGUCUUUUCAUUUGGAGAGCGUAGCAUCACUGCAGUUUGCACAGAUGCUGCUGGAUUAAGUGAUACUAUAACAUACACUGUCCAAGUAAAAGACUGUGAAAAGCCAAAACUAUCAGAGCCAACCAAGCUGAAAUUUUGUGCUGAUGAUGGGGGAAUAACCAAAACAUUCAGUGGAGAUAGUUUCCCUUCUCCAGUGUGCAACGAUUUUAUUGAUACUGAUCUUGCUGUUACAUUGGAUGAUACCGACAGUGUCUUUUCAUUUGGAGAUCGUACCAUCACUGCAGUUUGCGAAGAUGAUGCUGGAUUGACUGAUACUUUAGAAUACACUGUCACCAUUGAGGACUGUGAAAAGCCAAAACUAUCAGAGCCAACCAAGCUGAAAUUUUGUGCUGAUGAUGGGGGAAUAACCAAAACAUUCAGUGGAGAUAGUUUCCCUUCUCCAGUGUGCAACGAUUUUAUUGAUACUGAUCUUGCUGUUACAUUGGAUGAUACCGACAGUGUCUUUUCAUUUGGAGAUCGUACCAUCACUGCAGUUUGCGAAGAUGAUGCUGGAUUGACUGAUACUUUAGAAUACACUGUCACCAUUGAGGACUGUGAAAAGCCAAAACUAUCAGAGCCAACCAAGCUGAAAUUUUGUGCUGAUGAUGGGGGAAUAACCAAAACAUUCAGUGGAGAUAGUUUCCCUUCUCCAGUGUGCAACGAUUUUAUUGAUACUGAUCUUGCUGUUACAUUGGAUGAUACCGACAAUGUCUUUUCAUUUGGAGAUCGUACCAUCACUGCAGUUUGCGAAGAUGAUGCUGGAUUGACUGAUACUUUAGAAUACACUGUCACCAUUGAGGACUGUGAAAAGCCAAAACUAUCAGAGCCAACCAAGCUGAAAUUUUGUGCUGAUGAUGGGGGAAUAACCAAAACAUUCAGUGGAGAUAGUUUCCCUUCUCCAGUGUGCAACGAUUUUAUUGAUACUGAUCUUGCUGUUACAUUGGAUGAUACCGACAAUGUCUUUUCAUUUGGAGAUCGUACCAUCACUGCAGUUUGCGAAGAUGAUGCUGGAUUGACUGAUACUUUAGAAUACACUGUCACCAUUGAGGACUGUGAAAAGCCAAAACUAUCAGAGCCAACCAAGCUGAAAUUUUGUGCUGAUGAUGGGGGAAUAACCAAAACAUUCAGUGGAGAUAGUUUCCCUUCUCCAGUGUGCAACGAUUUUAUUGAUACUGAUCUUGCUGUUACAUUGGAUGAUACCGACAAUGUCUUUUCAUUUGGAGAUCGUACCAUCACUGCAGUUUGCGAAGAUGAUGCUGGAUUGACUGAUACUUUAGAAUACACUGUCACCAUUGAGGACUGUGAAAAGCCAAAACUAUCAGAGCCAACCAAGCUGAAAUUUUGUGCUGAUGAUGGGGGAAUAACCAAAACAUUCAGUGGAGAUAGUUUCCCUUCUCCAGUGUGCAACGAUUUUAUUGAUACUGAUCUUGCUGUUACAUUGGAUGAUACCGACAAUGUCUUUUCAUUUGGAGAUCGUACCAUCACUGCAGUUUGCGAAGAUGAUGCUGGAUUGACUGAUACUUUAGAAUACACUGUCACCAUUGAGGACUGUGAAAAGCCAAAACUAUCAGAGCCAACCAAGCUGAAAUUUUGUGCUGAUGAUGGGGGAAUAACCAAAACAUUCAGUGGAGAUAGUUUCCCUUCUCCAGUGUGCAACGAUUUUAUUGAUACUGAUCUUGCUGUUACAUUGGAUGAUACCGACAAUGUCUUUUCAUUUGGAGAUCGUACCAUCACUGCAGUUUGCGAAGAUGAUGCUGGAUUGACUGAUACUUUAGAAUACACUGUCACCAUUGAGGACUGUGAAAAGCCAAAACUAUCAGAGCCAACCAAGCUGAAAUUUUGUGCUGAUGAUGGGGGAAUAACCAAAACAUUCAGUGGAGAUAGUUUCCCUUCUCCAGUGUGCAACGAUUUUAUUGAUACUGAUCUUGCUGUUACAUUGGAUGAUACCGACAAUGUCUUUUCAUUUGGAGAUCGUACCAUCACUGCAGUUUGCGAAGAUGAUGCUGGAUUGACUGAUACUUUAGAAUACACUGUCACCAUUGAGGACUGUGAAAAGCCAAAACUAUCAGAGCCAACCAAGCUGAAAUUUUGUGCUGAUGAUGGGGGAAUAACCAAAACAUUCAGUGGAGAUAGUUUCCCUUCUCCAGUGUGCAACGAUUUUAUUGAUACUGAUCUUGCUGUUACAUUGGAUGAUACCGACAAUGUCUUUUCAUUUGGAGAUCGUACCAUCACUGCAGUUUGCGAAGAUGAUGCUGGAUUGACUGAUACUUUAGAAUACACUGUCACCAUUGAGGACUGUGAAAAGCCAAAACUAUCAGAGCCAACCAAGCUGAAAUUUUGUGCUGAUGAUGGGGGAAUAACCAAAACAUUCAGUGGAGAUAGUUUCCCUUCUCCAGUGUGCAACGAUUUUAUUGAUACUGAUCUUGCUGUUACAUUGGAUGAUACCGACAGUGUCUUUUCAUUUGGAGAUCGUACCAUCACUGCAGUUUGCGAAGAUGAUGCUGGAUUGACUGAUACUUUAGAAUACACUGUCACCAUUGAGGACUGUGAAAAGCCAAAACUAUCAGAGCCAACCAAGCUGAAAUUUUGUGCUGAUGAUGGGGGAAUAACCAAAACAUUCAGUGGAGAUAGUUUCCCUUCUCCAGUGUGCAACGAUUUUAUUGAUACUGAUCUUGCUGUUACAUUGGAUGAUACCGACAAUGUCUUUUCAUUUGGAGAUCGUACCAUCACUGCAGUUUGCGAAGAUGAUGCUGGAUUGACUGAUACUUUAGAAUACACUGUCACCAUUGAGGACUGUGAAAAGCCAAAACUAUCAGAGCCAACCAAGCUGAAAUUUUGUGCUGAUGAUGGGGGAAGAACCAAAACAUUCAGUGGAGAUAGUUUCCCUUCUCCAGUGUGCAACGAUUUUAUUGAUACUGAUCUUGCUGUUACAUUGGAUGAUAACGACAGUGUCUUUUCAUUUGGAGAUCGUACCAUCACUGCAGUUUGCGAAGAUGAUGCUGGAUUGACUGAUACUUUAGAAUACACUGUCACCAUUGAGGACUGUGAAAAGCCAAAACUAUCAGAGCCAACCAAGCUGAAAUUUUGUGCUGAUGAUGGGGGAAGAACCAAAACAUUCAGUGGAGAUAGUUUCCCUUCUCCAGUGUGCAACGAUUUUAUUGAUACUGAUCUUGCUGUUACAUUGGAUGAUAACGACAGUGUCUUUUCAUUUGGAGAUCGUACCAUCACUGCAGUUUGCGAAGAUGAUGCUGGAUUGACUGAUACUUUAGAAUACACUGUCACCAUUGAGGACUGUGAAAAGCCAAAACUAUCAGAGCCAACCAAGCUGAAAUUUUGUGCUGAUGAUGGGGGAAGAACCAAAACAUUCAGUGGAGAUAGUUUCCCUUCUCCAGUGUGCAACGAUUUUAUUGAUACUGAUCUUGCUGUUACAUUGGAUGAUAACGACAGUGUCUUUUCAUUUGGAGAUCGUACCAUCACUGCAGUUUGCGAAGAUGAUGCUGGAUUGACUGAUACUUUAGAAUACACUGUCACCAUUGAGGACUGUGAAAAGCCAACACUAUCAGAGCCAACCGAGCUGACAUUUUGUACUGAUAAAGGGAAACAUUACAAAAGAUUCAGUGAAGGUGGAGUACCUGUACCUCUUCCAGGGUGCAUCGAUACCAUUGAUGCCGAUCCUGAGGUUGUAUUAAACAUUAAUGAGGGUUACUUUGGUAUCGGAGGGUGUGACAUCACUGCAGUUUGCACAGAUGAUGCUGGAUUGAGUGAUACUUUAACAUACACUGUCACCAUUGAGGACUGUGACCAGUGUGAAUUCGGAUCAGAGUAUACAGAUGGCCAGGAGAUAGACUUCAACAAUGAUGAAGGCGAAGGCUUUGCUACAGUAGACCUUGACACUCCUCCGACUGUUUCCGACAACUCAAAGGCUUCAAUCACGCCAACGUGUAGCAUCGAUGAAAAGCCAUUGCCAACUCAAGUUGAUCUUAAUGGGGAAUGCGAGGCCACUGCAACAAUUCGUUGCACUGCUUCAGAUGAAGCUGGGAAUGAGUGUGAACUUGAAAUGACUGUCAGAGUGACAGAUAAUGAACCUCCGAAGGUUGAUUCGGUAUCAGAUGUAACCAUUGAACUUGAACUCGGACAACGUUAUUUGACCUAUACACCUGGUGAUGCGAUUCUUCCACACCCCAUGUGUAGAGAUAAUGGACGGGAAGACCACCCCGCUGAUUGUCCCUACCUAGCAGCUGAAAAGAAAUUUGGUGUUGGUUCAUGCGACAUAGUGUGCACCUGUGAUGACCCAUGCAACCCUGAGAGUCCUGUUACUACCCAAUACACCCUGACUAUCAAUCGCUAUGUACAUCCUCAGUGUGAAGACAUCUUCCAAGGUGGUGACGUGAUUCAAGCAUGGUACAAGGACAAGCUUGCUUUAUACGGAGGUUUAAUUGUCGAAGGUGUGACGGUUGUCCUGUCAUGCGCGCCUGGAAAAAUACUAGCAGGAAAUCAGGAGUUGACAUGUGUGGGGGCUGGCGAUGGAACGGUGCAAUGGGACCAAACACCUGGCCAAUGCGAAGAUGCAACAGCCGUUGGAGACAUUACGUGCGGUGCAGACUACACAGCAGUAUACUCGGCAGACGGCGUGGAAGCCUACUGCUAUCGGCUUGAAAGCUAUGAACAGGUCAACCAUGAUGCAAUGAAGCAAAAAUGCGAAGCGACUGGUGGCUACUUGGCCGAGAUCAACUCCUUCCUUGAACACGAAACUGUGGUGCAAUUCUUGAACGACCAAAAUCUGGACCAAAUGUUCGUCUGGAUAAGUACCAAUGAUAUUGAUGUCGAGGGCAGUUACGUUGAUGGCAACGGAAAUCCAACGGAGCUCACAUUGUGGUGCCCUGACGCCCCGACCGGUGAAGAAGAGGACUGUGUCAUCGAUUCCCCUAUGGGAUGGAAUGAUGUUAAAUGUAGUAACGAGUACUAUGGCCUUUGUGAACAGGCUGUACAGGGAGGGACCGGCAGCAAUCAUUUAAAACCAUAAAAUAAAUAAAUCACUAAUUGGUUAUCUUAUUAUUGAUGCACUGCAAUCUAAUUUUUUUACACACACAUGCAUUAACAAAUGGUAAAGUUUUACUCCAUAUUUCUACCAAUCAACAUUUCUUGUUAAACCAUUAAGUCACAAAUUGUUAUGAAAAGCUUUAAGGAGAAAAUGUUUCUUCUGGUUUUUUUUUAUUGUUGUUGGUUUAGCGUAUGUCAAUAUACUUGUGGAAUUCCAGAACCAGGGUCCGAGGUGCAGACUUGGCACGAUUAUGAAUUCUAACUGUUGAUCUCACACAAUAAUAUAUCAUUAGAAACUCCAAACCACUACAGCAGUGCAUCAAGUUUUUAACCUAAAAUGUGACCUGACUACGGCUUUGCCCUUGUAACAUUUUAAUGUUACAUUGAUUUAGAACAUUGGUAGAAUAUCUACCAAAAUAAGGAAAGAAUGCGCAAAACUAUCGCUAUCCGUCUUUGGUCUUGUCUAUCAUUUCAGUUGUUAAUCAUAAACAGUUUAUCUUAAAUCUAACACAGCGGUGAAGGGUUUAUGUUUUGUUUUGUCUUGAAAAUCAAGAAAAUGUAAUCUGUAUCACUUGAAUGCUUACAUUGGGUAGCUUGAAUUUGUUUUAGUAUUGCAGAUUUUGUAAACUUUUUUUGAACACCAUAGAAAUGGAAUGUAACGUGGAAGAAACAUUCAAAAAUAACUUUCACUGGUUCUGAAGAAGAAAAUAAAAUGUUGAUUGGGAAGGAUCGUCAUGGUGAUGGAAGCCUUCAAAUUUUGUAUGACAAAAUAAAGGGGGUCUUUGUACGAGCCACCCCCAGGUAACUGAUUUUUUUUUCUCAAUGGAAUGGAAAGGGCAAAAGCAGAAAGGGUUCUUAACCCUUUCCACGCGUACUUCGCACCAAUGCACACUCGGUGCCGUGCGAACUUCGCAUUUCACACUCAACAAACAAUGCAUUGUUUCCCUCCCUGAAAAUAAUUCAGUACAGAUGGGUUCAUGGUCCAGCGCACAAAGAGUUAAUUAAUAUAAUCAAAUUAGUGCCAGAUUAUUGACAAAACCACAUACAACUAGAAAUUAAUGCUCUUGGAAUGAAAAAAAUGUACAUUGUUAACAUGUACAUUUUAACAAAAAUUCUCCGUUUGCAAAAUUCACAUUUUUGUUCAGGUUGCGUUUAAAAAUAUUUACAUUAGGGGAUUCUUCAAAACCUUGAGGCAUUUUAUUUUAUCUGCACUUCAUUGGAUUUCUAUUAUACUUCAGUCAUAUCAAUGUUAUCUGUAGAACGAUAUGGGCUUCAGCUCGAGAUUACUCUCAAUGGUCUGCACAAGCAAUGAAAUUUGGUUUUCUGUGUGCAUUUCACUGGAUACCAAGCUCUUGUUGUUCUUUGAAAUUUCUUUUCUCGUUUACUUUCGUCAAUUCCUCCAAUGUACAUUAUUUAUUGGGUGUCUGGUAUGAUGAAAUGGCCAGCAUUGUGGACCUUGAUCCCAAGACCUCAUUAUCUGAAUUAGUGAUACCAAUUGUAGAAACUACAUCGGAAACUUACUGGCACAUUCUUCCUAUUUACUUUUUAAAAGAAAAAUGAUGUAGACCCUGAACAGAACAAUUGUAUUCAAUCAGUUUCAAACCAUAUUUGAUUAUCAAUAAAUAAGAUCAUUUUUCCUCUAUGUAUGUUGGACAAGGGGGAUGUACAUGUAUUUCCCUUUUUUAACACAAACAACCUAUGUACAAACAAUACUGGGUCAAUUAUGUGGAAUUUAUUUUUGUACUGUGUCUCGCUUUUAUUUUGGGUGAUGGCAUAUAUUUAUAUGUGAAACUAUAAAUUCACAUGAAUUUUGAUUAAUUAUUUAAGUAAUAAUAUAACUUUUCUGUUUGGCUGGUGAGUUCUGUUUACUUUAAUUUCUAGUUUAUUUUGAUCAAGGGCGUCAAAGGGAGCUCACAGUGUUUGUAUUAUGAUCAAGUAGGAGAAUGGAAUAUUAACUUUCUUAAAAAGCUCUUUUGGUCAUACUUUGUCGUAAAAAUCGUGAAGUGAAAUCUUUUCAAAUAUAAAUUUCAGUUCAUCCUUGCGUACUAUUGCCUUACAUUUUGGUGGCCGUUGUGAGUGUUUGACCUUACUCAUGAGUAUUUAAGUCAAGUUCACAAAGAGAUUGAAUAUUAUUUCAUUCAACUGCACUGUGUGCUUCCUUUUGAGUAAUUUUACAAGUAUAUAAUUCAUAUUCAAUGAUACUAAAUAGAAGAUUUAAUCUACUUUUAAAUUACAUUGUAUCCUAUGUAAAGAUGCUUCCUUUUCUUGUGUAAUCUCUUCCUCCUUCAUUUUCACGGCCAAGCAUGUAGGCCGGGUUCUUUGAUAUGCGCAAUAAAAUUAGAGAUCAAGCAUUACAGAA